AAACUGGAAACGAACCCGGAUCUGAGGUAAAGCAUUAGUCAAAGACUCAACGACGGAACGCAAACUUUGAAGUCAAAGCUCCAACAGCUAAAAGCCGUAGCCUUCAAAAAUCAUCUCUGUCAUCCCUCGGCGGCGCGUUCCCUUCACUUUCUAUCUCUACAUGGAUGUAAUUUCAGCUACGGCUGCUGCCACCGGAGGAGGAGGAGGUCCGGCGCCGUUCUUGCUAAAGACAUAUGAAAUGGUAGAUGAUUCGCAAACUGAUGAUAUAGUUUCUUGGACUCCGACAGGUCACAGCUUUGUUGUUUGGAAUCCUCCGGAAUUUGCUCGAAUUCUUCUUCCUACUUAUUUCAAGCACAACAAUUUCUCCAGUUUCAUCCGUCAGCUCAACACCUAUGGCUUCCGGAAGAUUGAUCCUGAAAGAUGGGAAUUUGCCAAUGAGGAAUUUGUGAAAGACCAGAAACAUCUCCUUAAGAAUAUUCAUCGUAGGAAACCGAUUCACAGCCAUAGUCACCCUCCAGGUUCCACAGUUGAUCCAGAAAGAGCUGCAUUUGAGGAAGAGAUUGAUAAGCUUUCACGUGAGAAGUCUGGGCUCGAGGCUAAUGUCUUAAGGUUCAGACAGCAACAAUCUGCUGCAAAACUCCAGCUAGAAGAAAUGACUGAGCGGGUUGGCGGUAUAGAACAAAGGCAAGAGAGUUUACUGACAUUUGUUGAGAAGGCAGUUCUGAAUCCUGACUUCGUUGAGCGUCUUGCUCAGAAACUCGAGUCCAUGGAUAUUUCUGCAUUUAGCAAGAAGAGGCGAUUACCUCUAGUCGACAGCUCUCAACCAGUUCAAGAAAAUAUGUCGGUAGACAACCAUAGCAGUUCUGGAGUUGAGUUUGGGAACCUUUGCAACCAAGACUUUUCAAACAAGCUCAGGCUCGAAUUGUCACCUGCUGUUUCGGAUAUCAACGUUGUUUCGUGCAGCACCCAAAGUUCGAAUGAAGAUGGUGGAAGCCCGCAUAGGAGAAUAUCUGAAUGUUGGUCCAGAGAAGUGCAACUUCGAACGGGGGGAGUAAUUUAUACCCCUGAAGCAAUAGAACUAUCAGAUACAGGGACGUCUUUUACAUUGAAGAUGGAUUCAUCUUUGCCUCGUGCAGCAAGCAAUGUUGAAAGCUCAAGACUUCAUUCCUUGCCACAAAGCCUAAUAUCUAACGAGGAAGUUGACGGUCACAUCUCCUGCCAGCUGAAUCUUUCUUUGGCUUCGUGUCUUUCACAAGUCGAUAAAAAUCAACAUUCAUUGAGGAUGACUCUAAUAGGUCAAGAGAUGAGUAAACAUUCUGAAUCACAGUCUGAUGCCAAUGGCAAAAAUCCUCCUAAUGAUGACAAAUCCUUGCCACCUUCACAUGAUGCAACUGGUAACAAGCAAGGGGCUGCAACUACUCAGGUUCGAGUCAACGAUGUUUUUUGGGAACAGUUCCUAACGGAAAGACCGGGCUGCUCGGAUAAUGAAGAGGCUAGCUCUAGUUUCAGAGGGAACUCUUAUGAUGAGCAAGAUGAUAGAAAACCAAAUCAAGGAGUAACUAGUAACACAAGAAAGGUGGAACACCUUACCCUCUGAGUACAUGAAGUUGCCAUUGGAACCUUGCAUAAUUUCUUUAGGCGUUUGGAAAUUUUCAGUUAAUAUACUGCAAUGGUUUGUUUCUGUCACUCCCUGAUAAGUAGUGAUAAUAAGCAAUAUUGUGCGGACUCCCCAAAAUGCUUUCGCAUCCGUGUUGGAUCCUCCAAGAAUGCACUACUUUUGGAGGAUCUGACACAAAUCCGGAUAUUGUCAAAGAGUCCGAGUAAUAUAGAUAAUAAGUUGUAUAUCGCUAUAUGCUUAAAGCCUCUUUUGCUGUUUUGUUGUUACGGGGUCAUUUUAUGGCUUUAUUUUGGGACUGAGGCGUAGUAGUUGUUGUAUAUGGCCUUGUAUUUACACAAAAUUAUUAUAAUACUCAUAUAAGAACUGCUUUUGGUGAUGAAA